AGGAGAAUGACAAAAAAAAUCACGUUGUUAAAUUAAUAAAAAAAUCUGAAAAGUCACUUUUUCACUGCCAUUAUAAUUUUAAAAAGUUUCCAAGAUUCGAUUUGACAAAUUCUCUUCAAAUUAAAAAGUUUCACUAAUAAAGAAAAAUUCGAUAUGUGUCGUUUCAUUUAUUGGUGCAAAUGGAUAAUCUCUUACUUUUACGUAAAAAUCAAAAGUUAUUCGAUGAAGCGCAGAUUCGACUCAUAUGACAUGGAUGCGGAACGGGAUCCUUACAAAACAGAUAUCCUUCCGUUUCCACAAGAGAUAACAUUGGAAUCGAAUUUACCAGAAUCUCAAUUAUUAAAAACCACAGAUGAAAUAUUCUUUUAUGGCGUAAAUUCCAAGUCGGAGUAUUUCAUAACUCGAAUUGCAAGAGAAGCCAACCAAGAAGCAGAGGCUUGGAUUUACUUGAAAUUGAGCAGUGGAAAAAUCUAUCAAUUGCAAGAGACAUCCCGUUUUCAACAAUCUGUCAAUGAUAAAAGACUAUUCUCUUGUGGAGGAUUGCAGAUCAGAUACUUAUCACCAAUGCGAAGAUGGCGAAUAUUUUUCAAUGGCGUUCUUAAAGAAACAAGUGAAAAUGGUACGCCAUCAGAGAAAAAAGUGCAUGUGAAGUUUGCCUUAUUAUGGCGCGCGUCGACAGAUCCUUUCGAUUUUAAAACUGAUGUGAAAAGCAAAGCUUUAGCAUCUAGUUUGGCUAAGGCGAAAUGGAAUCAGUGCACACCACCAUUGGAAAAGUUGUUCAGUGCUCUAGACUUUUAUGCACAAUGUGGCAUAAUUAUGGGAACAGUCUGCUUAGAUGGAAGUGAUGAAGUAAAUCUAUAUUUAUUUGGUGAAAGAUUAAGAUUUUUGGGAGAUGUUUGUUCUAUGAAGGAUAUGGAAUGUUUCCACAUUUUAGGGCACAUCUCAAAAAAUGGACGAUUUGUGCAUGUAGUAGAAGUGUCCUUGCCAAACGUUGUAGAAAACCUUAUUUUCGGAUUUGCAACAGUUCUGACGGGUGGGGUGUUACCUCUUGAAGACAAUGGUUGUUAUUUGGAAAAGUAUAUCAAUGGAAAUGAUAUUGAAGCUGCAUUUCAGGCCGGAGGUAAAUUGUUCCAUUUGAAAGGAAACAUUUUAGAAAGUCAGAACCAUGUCCAGAAGGAUAAAGAUAGCAAUGGAUCUUUUACGGUUAAUUGUCUCGAUUUUGAGCUGAACUCACAAUCAACAAAAGAAAGAAAGCUAUUGAAGAGAAAAGAAUUUAAUUCAUUAACAGAAUGGCAAGCAGGAAAAGGAAUUGUUAUAAAAGGGAAAAUUAUGAAAUCAUCCAGAAAUACAAUGGCAAAGACAUCAGCCGAACCAAAUAAAGCAGCAACUCCGCUCGUUCUACACUUCUCUGAGGGGAGUUGUCAAAGCCCAGACAUGACAGGAGGAAAAGGGUCAUCUUUAGGGAAACUCACAGAACUCUCUAAAAAUUUUCAAAGUCAGUUUGUGGUACCAAAUGGAGUAGUUGUUACUACAAAUGCUUACAAAUUAUUUGUUACGGAUGAUAUCUUGAAAGAAAUUAAGAAUUUAGAAAAAGCUCUUUAUCGGGAUAAAGUUGAUGAAACUAAAGCUGCAUGUCAGAGGUUGAAGAAUGAAAUUACAAAAAAGUCGAUACCUGAAUCAAUUCACGGAGCUGUCGUAAUGAAUCUUCAAAAUGCUUUUCCUGAUAGAAAACAUGGAUAUAAAUUCGCCAUUCGUUCAUCUUCAACUGGGGAAGACACAGAACAAAUGUCCGCAGCUGGGCAAAUGGAGACUUUUCCUGGAGUGACUGGAAUCAGCGAAAUUAUGGCUACAAUAAAAAAAUGCUGGGCGUCACAAUUCAACUACGUUGCUGUUCAUUACAAAAGGCAAAAUGGUCAAUUAAUAAAUACUCCCAUGGCUGUUGUUAUUCAAGAAAUGAUUCCUUGUGACGUAGCUGGAGUUCUUUUUACAUGCAAUCCUCUAACAGGAAAUCCAAUGACCAUGAGCAUUUCUGCCAAUUAUGGAUUAGGCGAGUCUGUGGUGUCAGGAUCAGAAGAGCCGGAUACAAUCGAGAUAGAAAGACUCGAGGAAGAUAAUUUGACAAUAAGGGACAAAAUAAUUGGAUCGAAAGGUCAUAAAAUUGUUCUAAAAGAUGAUGGCGGAAUCAGUACUGAAGAUGUAGCUGAACACGAAAAAGAAUCUUGUUGUUUACCUGAUAAUAUGGCUCUGCAACUAGGACGUACAGCAAUAAUAAUUGAAAAAAGCUACGGAUCAUACAGAGACAUAGAAUGGGGGCUAUGGAAUAACAUCCUGUACAUAUUUCAAUCGCGCCCUGUCACAAGUGGGAAUGGAGAAACAGAUUUUGAAAUUGAUCACGAAUUUGACGCUCCUCUGCGUUGUGAAGGUGAAUUUUUUGCAAUGUGUAACGUUGGAGAAGUUCUACCUGGCGCUACAUCUCCUUUAGGUUUAGAUAUCACUUUAAAGUACUUCAAAACAGUGUUUCAGAGUAAACGCUUUUUAAGCUAUAAUCCAGGAAAUCUAACAAGAUAUUACCCAAGAGGUUUGAUUUCAAUGUACCGCCAUGCCAUGUUCUUUUGCGUCGAUCUCUUUAAGCAUGCGAGUGAGAAUAUAUCCCGGGCACAAGUUAAUGCGCUAGCAUUUUUUGGAAGAAUAAUAAACGACGAAGAACUUUUAGAAAUGGCGAAAGAAAGAUACAGUGAUGGCCAUGUGAAACUACUGGACAAAAAGGUGUACUUCAAAAUAAUUUAUAGGAUAUUUUAUGGUGCCAGAUUGACAUUAAAACGACUUACUAAGGAUUAUAAAGAAUAUGCUUUGUCUUCUAUCAAAUACAAUAACUCUGAAGAACUGUUUCAUCAUUUAUUAUUUAAUUUCUCAGACUUAACCUUGGCCAUGGGAUCUCACAUAAUUUUGUCUGAAACUUCUUCGCUUUUGAAUAUGGUGAUAUUUGGAAUUCUACAAAAGGCAGUUGGAGAAAUCAAUACCGAUGUUUACAGUGAUUUUUCUAAAUUGCUGGUAUCAAGUGAUGUUGAGAGUGCAGAUGUUCCAGCAGCAAUGGAGAGAUUAUCAUUCUUCAUUUCGAAAGAAAUAAAACCAGAAGAUUUCAAAAGUAUGAAAACGGAGGAAGCCUUGGCAUGGUUAAAAGCAUCAACAACUACUGCUGGAGCAAAGUACCAGGAAUUUUUGAAGAAGCAUGGUCAUAGAUGUUUGAGAGAAUUUGAUGUCUAUUCAUUAGCAUGGGAAUCAGAUCAGCAACCCCUUGUAAAUCUAGUCGGCAACGUUGCUAAAGAAAAACCUAAGAAAAAGCAGGAAGAUUUCGAGAAAUUAAUUUCUCAGUUGAAAGUUCCAAUUAAUUAUGUCUCCAAAUUAUUGUUAAAGAUGAUUUUGCCACUAAGUCGAAAAGCUGUACAGAACAGAGAAUGCUCGAAGUCUAUUCUUAUGCGAGUCGUGAAUGAGUGGCGUAAAGAAUGCAGGACUCUCGCCAAAAUGAUGGUUCUGGAAGGGCGCAUUCCCGAAGAAGACAUCUUAUUCUUCAUGACUUUGGAAGAAGUAAAGGAAUUACUUGAGACUAGAUCUCCAAGAAUCAUUUCGAAAGCUAAUCAUAGACGAAGACGUCAACCCAUUAUUGAUAGAUACAUUUUCCCAGAAAUAGGUAAAGGUUUCCCAAAGCCAGUAAAUGCGGACGAGAACGUUGCGGUGAAUACCAAUGAGAAUCUUUCAAUGAAAGGAAUACCUGUUAGUCAAGGUGUGGCUACUGGAAUAGUUCGUGUAGCUCUCGAUUUAGAUGAAGCUUCUCAUUUGCAGCCAGGUGAAAUUCUUGUAACUUACAGCACAGAUAUAGGAUGGUCUCCAUAUUUCCCUAUCUUAGGAGGCAUUGUCACAGAACUUGGUGGCCUUAUAUCACAUGGUGCGGUAGUAUGUAGGGAAUAUGGUUUGCCAUGCGUUGCGGGAUUGCAUGGAGCAACACGACAAUUUAAAACAGGUGACUAUGUUCUAUUGGAUGGGAGUAAAGGAUUUAUACAAAGGAUGCCUACGACAGAAGUUUCAUGAAAAUUCUUUUAUUAAGCUCCAUAUUCCAAAAUUUUCUACUUGGGAUGCAAUUUAUGUAUAUAUUUUUAAUAUAUCUCUAAAUACUGCAUAAUUAUCAUGUACUUUUUGUAUUAAUAUAAUGUUUAUUUUGUAAUGAAAAAAUAGUG